UGGUGAGCAAUUAACGGCGGGAAGAAAAAUGGAAGACGAAGACAGACAAGGUGCGCACUCAGCGGAACAGCGCUCGUUGGAGGAAUCUCCUUUCGAAGUACUGCAAAAUUGCAAGACUUCGGCGGAGAACAUCGUCGCCGAAAUGCUAUCUGUUAAGAAAGAUGGCGAACCCAAAUCGCAGCUCAGAGAGCUCGUCACUCAGAUGUUCCUCAACCUCAUCACUCUCCGUCAGGCAAACCGUACCAUCUUGCUAGAGGAAGACCGUGUUAGAAUGGAAACGGAACAUGCAAAGCCGCCGAUAGACUUCUCAAGUCUGCAGCUUCAAAACCUGAUGUAUGAGAAAAGCCACUAUGUUAAAGCAAUAAAGACUUGCAGAGACUUCAAGUCAAAAUAUUCUGAUAUUGAACUGGUAACGGAGGAAGAAUUUUUUCGCGAUGCCCCGGAAAACAUCAAGCAGUCUGUAUUGUCAAAUGACAGUGCCCACGAUUUGAUGCUUAAGAGGCUCAAUUUUGAGCUAUUCCAGCGGAAGGAGCUCUGCAAACUUCACAACAAUAUAGAACAAGAAAAGAAAAUCCUUUUGGAUGCAAUUGCAAACCGGAAAAAAUCCCUGUCAAGUCUCCCUUCACAGUUUAAGUCUCUUAAGAAAGCAUCGCUGCCAAUACAAAGCCAACUAGGAGUUCAGCAAGCUAGGAAACUAAAGCACCAGAGUUUGGCAGAGUUGCUUCCACCACCUCUUUUUGUGAUUUACUCAGAGCUAUUGGCUCAAAAGGAAGCAUUUGGGGAAUCAAUUGAUCUGGAGAUCACGGGAACCCUAAAAGAUGCUCAAACAUUUGCCCGUCAUCAAGCUUAUAAGGACACUGGUAUUUCCACCUCCUUGGGUGUUAGCAAAUUAAGAGACGAAGCACCUGAUGACAUAGAAGAUAUGCAGGGACAAAGAAAACGGCCUAGGAUGGUUCAAGGCAAGGAGAGUCUUUACCACUCAGCCGCAUUGCAAGUCCAUCCACUUAAAAUCAAUCUCCACGUGUAUGAUGAUGAGGUUCCCGAUUUUAAGUCGGCAAAACUCAUCAUUCUAACAUUUGAAUACUUGGUGAAGUUGAAUAUUGUAUGUGUUGGAAUUGAAGCAUCUGAUGAUGGUCCCAACAAUGACAUCUUGUGCAAUUUAUUCCCCGAUGACACAGGUCUCGAAUUCCCUCACCAGUCAGCCAAGCUCAUUGUCGGGGAUGCUAUAAUGUUCAAUGAUAAUAGAACAUCACGCCCUUAUAAGUGGGCCCAGCACCUGGCGGGAAUUGAUUUCUUGCCUGAGGUGUCCCCCUUGUUUUUUGCUGGGCAUGAAACUUCAGACAACAGGGAAGCAGCAAAAAGCGAAGGUGUUAGAUUCAGUCAUUCACUAUGCUACCAGCCGAACCAAGUACAGACAGUUCUGCGGAGAAUACGCUCGCAUAGAAAAGCUCAGUUGGCUCAUCUGUGAGUCACUGCUCCUUUAUGUUUUUAUUUUUUUGGAUACGAAGGAUCCUCCUUGAUGCUCUGAAGAUCAAUAUUAUGAUGAGAUCAACUGAAAGAUUUGCUUUAGUUGUUAGUGUAACUGACAUCUUAGUUGUAUAAAUAGGGAUAUUGACUCUGACUCCCUCGCUCAAGAGCUUUUGUAGCAUUCUAAUUUUAAUUCUGAUUCUAAUUUUUGGAAUUUUUUUUGGAUCUUGUCAACUGGGCAUGCUUAAGUUAAGGAACUUUCAGCGUCAUUGGACUUUCA